AUGGUACGCGACAAACUCGGCGACCUGCCGACGCCUCCUGCACCAACCCUGAGAAUCCGGCAACCGCAAGCCCGCGUAGUUACACAGACGAUCGAGCGCGCCACAACCACGUACACGACGCACGUCACGCUGGGCCUCGGCGGCGAAACGGCCGCCCCUGCUCCUCCUUCAGCAUCUCCGGCAGCACCACCCGCGGGCGCCGUCAACUCGGCCCCCGGCUACAACUACAUUGGCGCCAUCGUCGGCUCCGUCGUGGCGUUUGUGUUUCUGCUCCUGCUGCUGUGGUGCUGCAUCUGCAAGCCGCGCAUCCUGCGCCGCCAGCGCCAGCUCGCCGCCGCCAGGGAUGGCUACUGGUCCGGCUACGACAGCGAGCGCUCCUCGAGGAGCGGCAGCAGCCCCGCGAGGGCGUCGAGGCCCCGCGUCCCGCCCAUGCCGGUGCUGAAUCCGCCGCCCGUGCGCAUCAAGCCCACGAGGCAUACGGGCUGGACGCAUUCCGCCGAGCCGCAGAUCCGUGGAGUGAGGAUGUUUCCUUGA